AACGAAAAGGAGAAUCAAACCAAGACCCGGAUGCCAAGUAAACCCCAAGGCUUUCUACAUUCUAAAUUUCCCUAUUCCGUUUCGAUUCCGCUGUUGUUCGAACCCAAGGCUCCUUUAGCUGCCGUCUAUUCCCCUCCCUCCUCAUACAUAUUCUCUCUUUAAUAUACUCAGCAAUCGAAUUAUGUUCUCUUCCCAAAAGCCAAAGCCAAACAGCUAGCUCUCAAGGAACUUGGAGGAACAGCUUCAUCAAAACUCAAGUUUAAAGAUCAACAGGUUCUUAUGCUUAUCAUAUAUGUUUUUAGUUUCCAAAUCCGUUGGGAAUUAGGGAAAACUAUCGUGCUUCACCAUUAAUUCAUCCCUGAGCAAUGUGAAAUUAGCUUUCGCUUUGAUUAGGUCAAGAUCAAUUAGAUUUAGGUAUUUACUUUCAUGCUGAAUCGUAGCUGAAUUUAAAGACAUGAAGGGUAGGACACACCGUCUCCAGGGUCAUGAUCUGCAUGAGGAUUGGGUGGAUGGCUCCUGGACGGUGGAUUGCGUUUGCGGUGUGAAUUUCGACGAUGGGGAAGAGAUGGUCAACUGUGAUGAGUGCGGUGUAUGGGUACAUACUCGCUGCUCCGGGUACAUGAAGGGAGACGAUUUAUUUACUUGUGAUAAGUGCAAGAGCAAGAACAAUAAGGAUGACAGUGAGGAGACGGAGGUUGCUCAAUUGCUGGUUGAAUUGCCGACUAAAACUAUCCGGCUAGAGAGUAGUUAUGCAGCAAAUGUUCCCCCACACCCGCCCUUGAGGCUUUGGACUGAUAUACCUAUGGAGGAGAGAGUGCAUGUGCAGGGUAUUCCAGGUGGUGAUCCUGCAUUGUUUUCUGGGUUGUCCUCUGUUUUUAUGCCAGAGUUGUGGAAGUGCACCGGAUAUGUGCCUAAAAAGUUUAGUUUUCAGUACAGGGAGUUCCCUUGCUGGGAUGUGAAGGAGUGUGGUGAUAGCGGAAAUGAGAAUGAAAGUACUAUUGAUAAAGGUGCAGGUGUUUUGUUUUCGUUGGCUAAGGAGAGCGUGUUUCCAACCCCUGCAACAGCUUUGGUUGGCAUGAAAGGGAGAGGUGGGGAUGGCAGUUUUGAUAGGAAACAUUACUCAGAGGGAAGGAAAAAUUUGGUGGAUGAGGACAGUGAGGUUAGGCAUUUGCAGGUUGGGGUUAAAAAGGAGAGAAGCUUCCUUCGGCCAGUUGUAAUACAUUCAAGUAAAAGAAAGAAAGAAGAUCUAGGAACAUCCAAAGAACGAAGUGGAAAGAAGAAGGAUAGAGCUGCAUACAAGGAGGUGGAUGCAAAGAAGAGAGGUUCACAUGUUUCUAGAACAGUGAUGCAAAACCUUUGGAAUUUUAUGAAGACAGGUCCAAAGUCUAUCAAGAGUGAUAGCCAGAGUAUUGACAACAAGAAUCUGAGGGACUCUAUGAUCCAGGAACAUGAAUCAGAUUGUUAUAUUUCUGUGGGAAAUGGUGUACAAAAGUCCAAGAACAGUGUGGCAGUGAUUGAGUGCUCCUCAGAAGUUUUAUCUGCUGCCAUUUCUAGACAUAAUUUUCCAAGUGGAACUGGACUGGAUGAAGGGAAAGUUAGCCAUGAAGGUCUAGAAGCAUUUGAGUGUUCUCCCAAAGUUGAUAAUGUAGCUGCAUCAGUGCCUGAACAAAGUGAUGAUGGGAGAAUCCCUGCAGAACAAGAGGGAGAUAACAUGCCAAAUGGUAAUCUGGAUGAUUCUACGGAAGGUUCUGCUGGAAGUGACGUUAAGCCCCCAAAUGACGAUCUGGUUGCCACCGUUCCAGAAAUCAAGGACAAUCAGAUUAAUGGUGAUCAUGACAUGUUUCUGAGUUCUUUGCAGCCUAAUGUUAAAGUAGAUGCAGUUUAUGAUGAUUCUAUGGGGAUCCUGAAUGAUAAAUCUUCGGUUGGUGAUGCGAAAGAUAUAGGGGUUUCUCAUGAUAACAUUGCUGAAAAUUCUAAAAUGAAUAAUGCAGCAUUAAGUGUUUCACCAUCUGGUGACAAAAAGGCUCAAGAGGUUGACAGAACUCCAGAAGCAAUCAGUGAUUGCCAUGCAGGAAAACACAAUGAUUUAACUAGUGAACCCUUUCAGAUUAAACAGGAAUUGGAGGGGCCUGAGGGUUUAUUGUCGUUGCAAAAAUGCCCUUCAGAACCUAAAGCUUUUGGUGAAGAACUCUCAAAUUCUGGUGGAACUAUCUCCAAUUCUUCGGAGUUACCCAGUCAGAAUAAAAUUGUUUUGUGUGUUGGAAAAUCAUCUUCCACUUCAGCCACUGUCAUGGUCUCCAAAUCUUCUGGCUGUGACAACUUUAGAUCUGCUGCUCCUCUGGAUUCUAAUCCUAAUACUAAGCAGCAAGUAAAGUCUGAGUGCGAUUCUAAUAUUAAGAAAGAUCGAGCUACAAGUGAUAUAGUCAAGGUCAACAAUGAAGACAGUCAGGACGUGUCAAGAAGAACAGUAAAUGAGCGUCCAAAAUCCUCUGUAAAUGCUGCUCCAAAACCGUCAAACUCGAGCAAAAUUUCGCAUACAUCUGUUAUUAAGAGAACUAUCUCGGAUUCAAAAGAUUCUGCAAAUUACUCAUCUUCUAAAACAUCUUCAGCUCAGAAUUCCUGUGAGACUACAGGAUCUCCACAAAAUGAAUGUGCUUUACAGGUUCAAAAUAAGGCAUUGGCUUCAGGUUUACCUCUAAGAGGUGAAAAGUUUAAUCAGUCUUGUAGCCAGUCAUCAUCCAAGACAAAUCAUGCAUCAUCUAUGAAUCUGCCCACAUCUACUAAUUCUUCUGCAACAUUAAGCGAUGAAGAGCUUGCAUUGCUUUUGCAUCAAGAACUCAAUAGUUCGCCUAGAGUUCCUCGUGUUCCACGUGUUCGUCAUGCAGGUAGCUUACCCCAGCUGGCUACUGCCGCAGCAACAAGCAUGCUAAUAAAACGUACAUCUAGUUCUGGAGGAAGAGAUCAUAGUUUGGCUUCUAGAAGAAAAAACAAGGAUGCAUCUAAAGAUGGUUUUCCCCGUUCUCAUGAGCCUGAUGAUGAGGCUAAAAAAACUGACAAGGUUCCAUGUUCACCUGAUCAGAAGAGGCAGGAUACAGGAUGUACUGCUGACGAUUUGUCUAAGAGAGAGGAUAAUAGAUCUCCGACGGCAGUACAUUCUGUAAAGAGAAGCAUCCCUCCUGCUUCCACCUCAACUGCAAACAGUGGCCCAUCUUCCCCUACUAAUGUUAAUGAACAUCAUUUUUCUUCUACACGUAAUUCUCCAAGAAAUAUGUCCGAUGAGGAGACGAGCACUGUCCAGGGUACUGUUCAUCGCACUUUACCAGGCUUAAUCAAUGAGAUUAUGAGCAAAGGCAGGCGCAUGACAUACGAGGAACUCUGUAAUGCUGUCUUGCCGCACUGGCAUAACUUGAGGAAACAUAAUGGAGAACGUUAUGCAUAUUCAAGUCAUUCUCAGGCUGUUCUUGACUGCCUUAGGAACCGACACGAGUGGGCUCAGUUGGUGGAUCGUGGUCCCAAGACAAACUCAAGUAGGAAGAGGCGCAAACUUGAUGCUGAGGAAUCAGAAGAUAAUGACUGUGGCAAGGGAAGAAAUGCAAAGGAGGGUGAAAGUAAAAGCCUUGAAUCACAAAGAGAAGAGUUUCCCAAGGGCAAGCGGAAAGCAAGGAAACGAAGGCGUCUGGCACUGCAAGGAAGAGGAAUAAAGGAAAUUAGGAAGAGUCGGAAGGCAGAUUUGCUUACUGAUGAUGAUAGUGGCCCAUUUUCUAAUUCAAGUGAUGAAAGUUUGUUCAGUGAAGAUGAGAUUCGGGGUGGUGGAGGCGGUCCAGUUGGAAGUGAGGCCUCAGCUAGCUCGGAUGAGACAGGGGCAAUGUGAUUGUUAAUGUUUGACUUUUGGUUUUUGGUUUGUGUUGUUGAUUUCAGGAGGAAGCCAGGCUUCUCCUUUUUCUGCUGGGAAUCUGGUAUGGUUAUCCUCUGAUGCGGCUGCCAUUAGUUUUCAGAGCUCAUGGAAUUUUAGCAAGUUAGUAAGUUGUCGCAAUCACUGUUGUAUGAUCCCCGUGGAAUUGUUACUGUUUUUAUGUCAGCCCAGUGAAACCCUAUAACCAGUUGCAUAUUAUCAUUGACCAUCCUGAAUGUCAUUGGUGGUGAGCAUAGUCUUGCAGGGAUGUGGGAUAUUGAGGCGUAGCUGAUUCUGAUAUUGAAAGUUAUAAUACUAGUGUGUGCAUAUGUAAUUUUUGUACUCUUAUAGGGGGCUCCUUUUUUCUCUUUGUUUUUUUAGAGACAGUCAGUGAUCCAUGGGAAUUCUGCAAAAUUUUGUAAAAGCAGCCAGGAAUUACAUGUUUUGCUUGAUGCGGGGUUACGAAUCUCUGUAUGGUAUGUGAUGAAGUCAAAUGUUCCUGAA